AUGGCACAGAGUAGUAGCCGGAGUGAGGCUAACCCUUCUGAAUAUCCCGCUUCAAGUGACGUAUAUCAACUAGAAACGUUGUUUAAUCAUUUGGAAAAUUCAACGACCCCUAAAGAUAACAGUACAUUGUUUAGUAUUCAAGAACAGACUGGGAAUAUAUCAGGCUAUAUAUCCGAGUUGAACGAACCCAACGUCAUACCAUCCCAUUCCGGAAAUGAGAAAGAUGACGAAUAUGAAUACUUUUCUAAUAGAAUAUCUUCGUCAGUACCUUCGUCAAGCAUCGACCAUUUAUAUAAUGACAACCUCGUUCAUCAACAGUUUUCACAGCUUUUACAACAACAGCAACAUCAACAACAAGCGGUUAAAAUACCGCAACAUCUUCCACAUCAUCACCCGCUUGGGCACCCGGUUCCACAACCAGGUGUUCAACCUGAGGUAUACGAAGUACAACAACAAUUUUCCCCACAACGCCAAUACGCCCAAAAUGGUAAUCCACAGUACUUACAACAAUUUGACGUGCCUGCGUCCAAUCCACAAACACUACCACAGUCAUCACCGCCUCAGGCGACAUCAUUUCCUCAAAGACCUCAAUCCAUACGACAGCAAUCACUUCCAAUACAUCCUACAAAACAUGCUAUAGAGUAUCAAAUCAAGGAAAUCCCGGAAGAUGCCGAGAAGGUUGUUGGGUUCGAUAUACAACCGACCUACUACAAUAACCCACAACCAGGACAAUUUAAAUCUCCCAAGAUAGCGCAUCAACUUUACAGUCGACAACCGCAGCACCAACAACAUCAAGCCCAACCGCAACACAUCAAAGAUUCUAUGGGACUCCCUGUCAAAAGUUUAAGGCCGGAUGAAAUUAUACUGAAAGAUAUCAAAACCAAAGCCAAAAGAGGAAGACCCAAGAAGAAUAGAAAUCCGGGAUUUCAUAUUAAAUUGGAUGGCAUAAAUAAGAAGCCAAUCCUUGGUCAGAGAAUUAUUACUUCUUCACAAUCAGAUUCAGGCGCCGAUUACUGGAGUAGAACUCCUGGAGGACAUAGGAUACCGUCGUCACUUGCUUUUACGCCUGCUCAUACCUCAUUUAGAGAUGAUACUGAUUCUCAUAAAUAUAUGCAGUUUUCUGAGAAUGAGUUAGAAUUAACAGAUGAUACUUUGGGAAUGUCAAUACCAUCUUUUAAUAUCACUCCUUCUAUGGAACCACCAGCAAGGGUUAGUGGAUAUUUCGAUAUAGCUAACACUCAACCAACUUUGAACACGGGUAAUUUCUUUUCACCUGGAAUUGAUGCAAAUGAAAAUGGUGUUGAUAACUUUAACGAAACUUUUGAAAGCUAUAUGAGACAAAAUGAUGGGGUAUAUGAUGAUAAUAGUAGUGCACAUUAUAGUGACAGGCAUGACGCAGUUCCAGCUGUCACUUUUACUGAUUUGCCGUUUGAGUUUGCGGCACCACCACAACAUCCCCAUCAGGUCUCCCAACAGCCACCCGUCUCAGUACAGCCCUCUGCGAAGGCUGAUAUCCAACAAACACCGGCAAUCAGCCUCCCUGAGACUAUUGGAAUUGAUGUAUUUGAUUCUUCACAUAGUGAAACAACUUCAAAUAAUGAAUUCUUGUCUCCUCCAGAAAGUAUUUUCAUGAGAAAGAGAGCAUAUUCAAUUGAACAUAAACAAGUAUCUCCAGAUAGCAUUGAGCAACAACAAUCAAAUAAAUCGUUGCCUGGCUCAGAUGAUAAUUCCGAAAAUGAGAACGAGAAAUAUUUGACACGUCCUACAAUUCCCAGGAGCAAAUCAGAUCAAGGUGUAACCAAUGUUGGAAAACCUAAAGGUGAGCUAUCUCCAAAUGCAUCUAAGCCAGGAAAGAAGAGAGUAUCUAGAGGUGCGGUAUGUUCGGUUUGUGAUAAGUUUAUUAGUCGAGAUUUAACAAGACAUAUGAGAAUUCAUAAUGAAGUUGGAAGAUUCCAAUGCAUAUAUCCAAAAUAUAUGUGUAAUCAUAGAACACAAUAUUUUAAUCGUCCUUAUGAUUAUAAGAAACAUUUAUUACACCUGCAUUUUAAAUUUGAUGAUCCUAAAGGAAAAGCAGCACAUACCUUAACUGAUAAAUUGCCACUAUAUGGUACUUGUAUUGCAUGUGGUACAAGAUAUACUGCUGCUGAAUGGUUGGAUUAUCAUGUUUUGGUUAAUGAUAAGAGUCAAAGAUGUGCUUUUAUAGAAGAUAAGGAUCCACAGACAUGA